AUGGAUAAGCUCACUAGACAACAAUCUAAUCUCUGCAUAAUCGCGAUUGUUGGCAUGGGUGGCAUUGGUAAGACUACUCUGCCUAGAAAUGCUUAUGCUAAGCCACUGAUUAUGCAUCAAUUUGAUAGUCGAGCUCGGGUUACAGUAUCUCAAAACUAUAAUGUGCAAGAAAUUCUUUUAGAAAUUCUUUUUUGUAUCAGCAAAGAUGAGAGCCUAGAAAGCUUGAGUAUGAGGAGCGAAGAUCCGUGGACAGAUUCUGGAUCACCUCCGGCCAUGGGAUGGAUCUAUGUUGCGGCUUUCGGAGUGGCGGAAAUGCCGGAAACUACGAGGGCAUUGAAGUUGACGAUGGAUUUAGCAUUUCGGGUGUCGCCGGGGGUGAGGGCCGGCGUAGACGCCGGGGAAACGAGACCACAUAUUUUGAUGGAGGAAUCGAUUUUCUUUGAUUUGAUGAUGCGGCGGCCGAUUUCUUCGCCGAUGGAGUAG